CCUCUCUCUUCUCUCUCUCUUCUCUCUCUAUCAGGACGAUAUAUAACUCUCCCUCUCUCUCCUCUCUCUCCAUCAGGACGAUAUAUAACUCUCCCUCUCUCUUCUCUCUCUCUCCAUCAGGACGACAAGUCAACGUUUUUCCAGUUCGGAGCUUCCAUCCAGCAGGAGGCUCUGUUGAUGUUGAGCAUCAUGGAGGAGUACGACUGGCACAUCUUUUCUAUCGUCACCUCCAAGUUCCCCGGAUACCAGGAGUUUAUCAACAUCCUCAAGAGCACCGUGGACAACAGUUUUGUAGGCUGGGACCUGCAGCACAUCAUAACGUUAGACGCUGUGGAGGAAGACAGUAAGAGUCAGAUCAUGUUGAAGAAGGUCCAAUCCCCGGUGGUCCUUUUGUACUGUUCUAAAGACGAGGGCGUCUUUAUCCUGGAGGAGGCUCGCUCACUGGGCCUCACCGGGUUCGGAUACAUCUGGAUCGUCUCUAGCCUGACCUCCGGCACCACCGAGACGGUACCUGAUGAGUUUCCCUCGGGCAUGGUGUCCGUCUCCUCGGAGGACUGGGACUAUCCUCUGGAGGCGCGGGUGAGGGACGGGCUGGGCAUCAUAACGUCUGCGGCCUCCGCCAUGCUGGAGGAGUACGGAGAAAUCCCUGAAGCUAGGACUUCCUGUUACGGGACACAGCCGGAGAAGCCUUCCAAGGUUCCUCCUCUCGCUCUGCACAAGUAUAUGAAGAAUGUAACAUGGGAAGGUAGAGACUUGUCGUUUACAGAAGAUGGUUACCAGGAGAACCCCAAGCUAGUCGUCAUCGUUCUCAAUAAGGACCGAGAAUGGGAGAAGAUGGGUCGUCUGGACAACCGUAGCCUGACGUUGAAGUACCACGUGUGGCCGCGUUUCAACUCGUUCGGCGACGCGGAGACGGACGACAACCAUCUGUCCAUCGUGACUCUGGAGGAGAAACCCUUCGUCAUCGUCGAAGACGUCGAGAGGCUCACGGGAACCUGUAUGAGGAAUUCUGUUCCCUGUAGGAAGCACAUCAAGGAGUGAGUCUAUCCUUCUA